UCAGGUAAACUAGAUGAAGAAGAAUCAUGUUUUCUGGCUAAAAACAUAAAUUUCCCAUGAUUAGAAAAUGAUUUCGGAGAUGUUCUUGCUACAUUUUGUAGCUUCAAUUAUAGGUUCUCACACUGGACAUGUCUCAGCUACUGAUUUUGGAAUGUUCUGGCAGAUCACUGAUUUGCACCAUGACCCAAAGUACAGUAUCCAUGGUAACAGGUAUAACAACUGCCACCAGCAGGGUGUAUCAGCUGAUGGAACAAAGCCUGAAGAUUGGCCCGGGAUGUUUGGUGACCCAAGAUGUGAAGCACCGUGGUCCUUGGUAGAGUCCACCAUUGCAGCCAUGAAAGAAAUUCAUCCAAGCCCAGAUUUUGUUUUGUGGACUGGGGGGAUGGGACCUGUGACCUACCAAGUUGCUCAAAGUCAAUUGACUGCAGACAUCAAAGCAGCUACCGACCUACUUACCGUAACAUUCAAUGAAACCUACGUCAUCCCUGUCCUAGGCAACGAUGAUAUUGCUCCUUCAAGCCAAAUGCCUCCAUUAGAUGGAGCAUACUACCAAGACAUCUUGAAAAAUGGUGGCUGGGGCAAGAUACUCCCAUCAGAUGCCCAGACGACUUUUGGAAAAGGUGGUUACUACAGUUUGAUGAUCAAGCCUGGCCUCUCCUUAGUUGUCCUCAAUACUAAUCUCUACUACACAUUGAAUCACUUAACCAAGCAGAUGAGAGAUCCAGCGGGGAUGUUGGCUUGGUUGAGGCAAUAUUUAGAACAACAGAGACACAUCAAGCAUAAGGUGAUUCUUGCCGGCCAUGUUCCUCCAGGAGCUCACGAGGGCACAGCCAACACCUUCCAUAUGUAUCCACAGUUCAACCAGGAUUAUGUGGACAUCGUGAGAUCGUAUUCUGAUGUAAUAGGAGCACAGAUAUUUGCACAUGAACGCAAUGAUACUCUAAGAUUAUUUCUUGGACUAGAUGGUAAACCAAUAAAUGUAGGAAUCCUAGCUCCUUCAGUAAGUCCAUACGCCUACCCAAAAAACCAGGAGAACACCAAGGCCAACCCGGGAAUACGCCUCGUCAAAUAUGAUCGGGACAAUGGAAACAUCUUGGAUAUCUUUCAAUACUACUUAGACCUCAACACAGCAAACAAAGCCAAGAAAGCAGACUGGAAGUUGGAGUACCAGUUUACAAAAGCGAUGGUGGUGAAAGACUUAAAGCCAGUGUCAAUGCAUGAACUCUUGAUAAGACUGUCCAAAGACAUUGGGUUAGAAUCUUUCCAUAAGUUGUACUCAUGGAACCGAAUUUCUUCGAAGCAAGAUACAAGUUGUGUGGGAGUUUGUCGUAAAGUUUACCUGUGUGCUGUGAAACACUUAGAUAUUGCUAGUUAUGAUGUAUGUAUGGGGGACAUGUCCCCGCGGAAUGAGACGAGUACCCCGGCGACUGGGACGGAUGCGCCAACCCAUCCCAUUACGAACUCAUCUGAUAGUGAACCCUUUUACCCAUCCCAUCCAUACCACCAAGGCACCAUACCGAAGAGUGUCAUCUAUCUUGUCAUGGCCAUCGGCUUAAUGUUACUUGUUGCCUUUCUCGCUGUCACCGUUUAUUUACACAAGAGGCGAAAACUUUACCCUAAGGUUUCAUAUCAUAGAAUUCCAAAGUAUGAUUACGAUUAAGAUACCUAUCCCCUAAAUGUCAUAUCAUAGAGUGAAAUGUUGUUAUAAGUGAGGAAUUUAUUGACGAACAUAAGAGUUUCUUUAAAAUGAACUGUGAUAUUGCAUAUAUGUACAAAAUAUUCACUUCAACUCCUUUUGUAAAUAGUUACAAAUAAUAUUUAUUUCUUUUAUGUGGUUCAAGUAAAGGUUAGGUUUUUAUGGACCUAUCCAGCUAUUUAUAUAAAAGGGCAUGCAUGUAUACUGAAACAAGAAAGACUUUGUUGCUACUAUAGUUUGCGGUUUUGUAAAUUUGCAUCUUUGGUGAAGUAUUAAUCACUGUAUAUCAGUUGAAUAUUAGUUUUACUUGUCGCUAAUUUCUUCAUUCUUGGAGAAUUGUCAUAAAAUUUGGUGUUUAUUUAUGUUGCCUGUUAUGUUUAACUUUCAGUACUCGCAUUUUGAAUGCUUUGUUUUAAUGUACCUUUUAAAGGUCUUUAAAGCUCUAUUUAUUAUCACUUACUGUUUACUUUGCAUUUCGGUCAAAUUGUAUUAUCAAGUCUGGUUUGAGGAUCUAGAUUAUAACUGUCCUAAGACUAAAGUUUAUCGGUGUAACCAGGACAUUUGUUGUAUAUUCAGCCAUUUUUCAAAUUUUCACAAAAACAACUGAUAAAUGUUGAGAAUUUUUCUUGAAAUCAAUGAUAUCAGCAGUUCAUUAGAAGCAGAAUUCAUUACCCUAUACCUCCUGAUCUGCUUCAAGUAGCAUUCUGUACAUGAUCAGUCAUUCUAGAAAUGAACCCCACUCAGCUGAUGGCAGAGCACCGUGCAUCCUGAACUUGAGCACAACACUCCCCUUUAUGACAAAGACUGCAAGAAGUGCAGCAUACGACUGACUCUGGUAUUCAAACAUAUGCCUUGUUUACAUAAUUAAGUAACAUUUAUAUUCAUUGAAAGUAAAUUGAUGUACAUGUAGAUGUAAUAUCCUUUUGUAUCCUGCAGCUUAUGAAUAAUAGGCUGCACCUGUAUUGGAUGAAUGACCAGAACAUGACCUUGUCCAACUUUCAAAUAUACCUUGGCGACCUCUCCAGGGUCAAGUAUAUCGUUUCAAUUUUUCAAAUAUAACAUAAAUAUUACUUUGGAUAAAAUGCUGGUACUAAUGACUAAUCAUUAUUGUUAAAGUCACCAUGAAACAUAUCAUUGUAUAUACUGUCUAGACGCUAUCUAGCAGAUUAAUGUUCAUGAUCUUGCUGAAAUAUUUCUAUUUCACUUCAUCAUAGUUAUAGAAUUAUAGGAAUACUACUGCCAAUGCCAUGUCACUUAUACCCACCUGAUAUUAUCAUCAUUAAAGUAUAAUUGUAGAAAUAAA